AACUGUCGUGUAACGUUUGCUCGCUUUAACAUUUUCCUUGCAUGAUUGUAGACUAAGGUUGGUCGAGCAGAAUGUCCGCCUUUUGACCGCUACCUUGAUGCCCUUCGAUGAAUCUCAAUGAUUAUAGAUACGAUACGUUGUCCUAUUUUCUACAGGUAUAAAAUCGCAUAAAACGUCCAGUUAUUUGCAGUGCGUAAUACGGUGUCAUUGUGAAAAGAUAUCAAGUCCACGUUAAUUUUCGUCAUAUUCUUGUUGAGAUGAUGCAUCGACAUUCGUUGAUCGUGUUUUUACUUCUAUUCGUCAUUACCGAGAGAAGCAAUUGUGACGAUAAAGCAGAGUGGUAUUUCGGUUUACGAUCUGCCUUGAAGAAUUGUCCUUCAAUGCCUUGGAACAAUCUCAGUCAGGAUGAUUUUAUUGACAUUUUUCGACAAUGCAUACAACAACGUGCUCUCAACUUUUUGGAUUCUCUUCUGAUCGACGAUGUCAUACCAGUUAUAGACGGUAUCGAUUUAAUACGAUUUCAAGAUAAUAAUGCAACAUCGUUGACAAAUGAUAUGGCCAAAAUGGAUAAUACGUACAACGAGACAGAUGAUACUUCUAAUUGGACGGGAAUAGUAUUGAAUCGAUUGACCGGAGUUUUACGUACGCACGUUUUGAAGAUCGACGUUGACCACAUAGUUAACAGCAUAUCUUCGCCAAUAAAUGAGACCGAGACAGAUACAUCCGGUAACAAUAAUACCGUUCAAGGACGGAGACGCCGCCAUAAACGACGUCAUCAUGCAAUGUCUCUCAUGAUGAUGGGUCUAUUAUUGAUGGGUUCGAUACUCGUACCAAUGGGUUUUCAGUUUCUAGCCGUUCUUGGUGGUAAAGCUUUGCUUCUCGCUAAGAUGGCUUUAUUAUUGUCUAGUAUACAAGGAUUGAAGAAAAUAGCAACCAAUGGUGUCAAUUAUGGUUUGUAUCAUACACCUGUAGCCGAAGGUUGGCACGAAAGAAGUCAUCAAGAAACGCCAACGCACUUUGAUCUGCCCUAUCCGAUACACGCUCAGGCUCACGCUUGAAAUUUAAAUUUACGAUCAACGAUUCAAUUCAUUUGACAAAGUUUUAUCGUUAAGUAUAUGCAAAAAUACUUGUCAUAUGUACAUUAACAUCGCAAGACAAUUUGUAAGUUUGAUUUGAUUUCUACCGAAUAUCUCGUACGUCAAUAUUGGUCAUCUUGUUAAUAAAUAAAGUUAUUAUCGUCAUUUUUAUCUCGAUAGCAGUCUACUUUUAUCUUAUAAUAUAGUACUAGGUAAAAGUAUUGAUGUACUUAGAUAAGAUACACAUAAAAGUCAUUUCCGUUGUAUUCUCUAUCUUUUAAUAUUAUUGGUAAUUGAGAAAAAAAAACUGAUGUUGUUAUUGGUAGAAACUUUGGAAGAAUAAGAAUUAGAAGAUAAAAUAUUAAGUAUUGAAUGUCAAGGUACAGUCUUGAGGUGAUCGUGUUCGAGUUGAUUGUAUAUCAAUCGAUGUUGCUUUUCAAUUAAAUUUCAUCGUGAAAAAAAGUACAUUUAAUUUUCAUUAUUAUUUAUUAUUAUAUUUAUUUAGCAAUUUAUUUAGCAAUUUUUGCGACGACAAAAUAUCUCCGAAUUAUUUUCCCGAGUUCCGUUGUUCCUGACAAGUCUGAUUGGUAAGUGAUUGAUAAAGACAAUGAAAUAUUUGUUAAUUGUAUUAAUUAACGUUACACGUUUAUUUGGAGAAUGUAAUGAAAAAAAAAAGAAGAAGAGGACUCCAAAUAUUGGAAAAUUUUAAUGACAGCAUAUAAUUACUAAGUUACAUCAGCUAUUUGAAAAUCAUUUAACAAUACAAAAACCUUACAUAAACUCAAUGAUAUUCAUAGUUGCAAUUAGCUUUUAUGCAAUAAUAUUACGUUCUCGUAAAGAUACGCAUUUCGUGAUAACGUGCAUUUUGUAAAACUGAUUGCAUUUAAACUCAUUCAUCAUCCGUUCUACGUUUCCAUCAUACUCAUACGCAAAAAUGAUGAUCCUUCUAAUCCUUUUCAAACUUUACGAACAAAUCUAAAAUUCGUUUGCACAUUCGAUGUAAAACACUGAUAUAAUAAAAUGACUAAUUAUAUCCGUUAUAACAUAUAUUUAUCAAUACUAGAGUGAAAUUCUUAACCUGCCAACAUGUAUUUUAAUAUGUAUAGGUAUACACAGUAGGAAGCUUGCGCAUGAAAUAUUAUUGGUCAGUUUAUUUCAUAAUUCUCAUGCAAUGUUGCAUUAUUUAACAACAUUGGGAGAAGCGUUAACUACGAAACGAGUCUCUCAAAUGACAAAUUUCGAAAAACGAGACUAACGAGAAGUUUUGCGAUCAUCUCUGUUAUUUUCUACUAUCGCUAAAAAGUACGAUGAUUCAAAUUUAUCCCGUUCAUUUCUUUUCUUCACUUUUCUUCACUUUGAUAAAUAAAUUGAUCAUUAUUAAACAGCCGAUACGAAAGUUACGUAUUAUAAUUUAAUCAGACUGUAUAUUAUCACGAGUAUAACAAUGUUAACAAUGAUCUAAUCGUAAAAAAAAAAAAAAAAAAGAAAAACAAAAAUGAUCGCAACAAAAAAUACAUUUUACAUAUAGCCGAUAAAAUGAAUUCGUUGAACGUACAAGGUGUAUCGUACAAUAUCUAAUUUACGGGUGUAACAACUUGUAACAAAAUGUGAGAUUAUGCAGAUAGUUUAGUUUCGUUUAUCUCUUCAUUAAACUUAUCUUCUCGUGUCAGAUUUUUGGACGACGCAUACUAAUCGAUGAAAGUACAUUUACGAAAGACAUCAUGUUAGAACCACGAUUUCUUAUUUCUAUUAUAGUGCAAGUAUGGCGCAAGAAAACGUACGUACGAUUUAUCUAGAAUAUUUAUUAAAGGCUUCGAAAAAACCUGAAUGAUUCUUCGAAUUUUCAAGCGCACCUUGCCGGAAAAAUAAACUUCUUUUCCGCCAUUUUUCUCUCUACUCUUCUUUUUAUUUUCUUUUCUUUUAAAUAUAAGGAACAUAGAGUACACAAGUCUAACAAUAAGAAUUCGAAUAUUAUUAUUAAUUCUAUUCGAUAAAUGUCAUUGCAUUGCGUACGAAUUAUGAUUAAUCGAUCAAUGAAUAAUAAUCAAUAGGUACAAUAGAUUUUCGAUCACUCGUGUCAUUUCGGCGAUAAUCUUUCAAUUUUUAUACCAUUUCAAUAUAAUAUGAAAAAAAAAAAAAAAAA